AUGAAAUUAAGUGAAUAUAUACUUUAUUUACCAUUUGAAAUAUUGUAAUUCUAAUUUUGUGGAUUGAAUAUCUUCUGGAAUUUUUUGGAUGGUUUGAAUUAGUUUCUUAUCUACAAUUCUUUAAUGUAUUAUUCCUUAUAAUUUAAACAAUUAUUUUACUAUAUUUGGAUUUGCUCAAUUUUAUUUCAUUAAAAAUUAAUUGCAUUUAGAGACAUUUAUUUGUUAAUAUGUAAAUACUCUUGA